AUGCGAUCGCACGUCCUUGUCGGCGCAGCGUCCUUGCUGGCCGCGUCAGUAGCUGCAAGCCCGACGGUUGUGGACAAACAGCACCAGGUCACCUACCGCGGCCUCGAGCGUAACGGCAUCGAAGCUUUCCUCAACGUUCCCUAUGGCCAGAACACGGGCGGGUCCAAUCGUUUCAAGCCUCCAAAGCCCUACGUCGCGAAAAGAGGCAGCACAAUCGACGCGCGCGCCUAUGGACCGGCCUGUCCCCAGGCGCUCGGAGAGUGGGUGCUGCCCAUCGCACUCAGCAAUGUCACCGAGAUUUCGGAGGACUGCCUCAACCUGAACGUGGCUCGGCCCAAGGGUACAUGCUCCAACGACCGGCUGCCCGUCAUGGUCUACAUUCACGGUGGGAGCUUCUGGGCGGGGCAGAACUCGGAGCUAAACAUCAGGCCGGACGGGAUGGUUCUCGAGUCGACCGCGAAUGGACUACCCAUCAUCCACGUCGCCAUGAACUACCGCCUGGGCUUCUUUGGCUUCGCGCAAUCGGACGCUCUCCAGAAGGAGGGAUCCGAGAAUGCAGGCCUGAAAGACCAGCGGCUGGCCCUGGAGUGGGUGCACAAAAACAUUGGCGUAUUCGGAGGCGACCCUGAUCGCAUCACCAUCUUCGGCCAGUCUUCUGGAGGCCUGUCCGUGGGCAUGCAAAUCAUGGCGUAUGGUGGAAACAAGCCGGUCCCGUUCCACCAAGGUAUCUGCGAGAGUCAGGCCCUGGAGCCCGGCAUCACGGGCAACUUCACCAUCGAUGCGAUGAAGGCUCUGGUGGACCACGUCGGCUGCAACACGAGCGACUUGCACUCCAAAGACACGGUUCAAUGUCUCCGAAAAUUCGACAUGCAGACGCUUCUGAACGCGUCGCUGGCAACAUACCAGAGCGACAUUGCGCAUAACAUUGGCGACAUCUGGCUGCCUGUUGUGGACGGCGACUUCCUCCCAGCGGCACCAUCCCGACUUAUCAAGGAGCGCAAAUUCGCCAAUGUGACUACCAUGAUCGGUUGGUGCGACAAUGAUGUGACGUUCUUUACCGAUACUGCUAUCAAGACGGCCGACGACACGCUCAAGUUUAUCUCGGCGUACCUUCCCGACGUGACGAGCUCCAACAUCAACAAGCUCCUUGCGCUCUACCCGGCGGCCGAUUUCCCGGCAGACAAGGCUGCGGGACUGUCAAGCGAAUUUUAUCGCUCGGCCAGGAUUUUCAGGGACAUCCUCAUGACGUGCCAGCCGACGUGGUACGCCGAGCACAUUGCGUCCGCCGGCAACGACGUGUACCUCUACAACUGGAACCAAACGAUCCUGGACCCUGUGCUGGAAGCGAUCACUAACCAGACCGGGUUUGGCCCCAUUCACACGUCCGAGUUUGCCUACAUCUUUGGCAACCUUUCGCACUACGACAUCAACGGCUAUCCUUUCCACCCGAGCAAGUCCGACUAUGCGCUACAGCACCGCGGUUCGAGAUCCUGGUCUACGUUUGCCUCCAUCGGCCAGCCUGGCCAGCGCGGACGCGACACCUUCCACGGAUUCACGACAGCGUUUCCUGGUGGCAAGGAGACCGAUGUCUUUGUUGUAGGCGGGCCGCAUGAAGGUCUUUCGGCAUUUGAUGGGCCGAGGGCGCAUCCCGCCAUUCAAGGCCAGAAGCUGAAGGAGAGGUGCGCUUUCAUCAACUCGCCCGAGAUGAUUGACCAAUUGCGGUACUAG